GAACCCCACGCUGCUGGCCGAGCUGCGCCUGCUGCGGCAGAGGAAGGACGAGCUGGAGCAGAGGAUGUCAGCGCUGCAGGAGAGCCGAAGGGAGCUGAUGGUGCAGCUGGAGGGGCUGAUGAAGCUGCUCAAGGAAGAAGAGCAAAAGCAGGCAAGCUCUUUGGACCCGAGUCCUGCCCCAGAACCACCCCAAGUUCUGCUGCUCAGCGUGGAUCCUGGGAAGGAUGCACCAAAGGGCUCCUGCCUGGGAGGGCAGCCAGCUGUGGCCUUCAGGACAUCGUGUCACCCCGGUGCUCCCUGUCCCUCCUGCCACGGCCAGGCGCAGGCCGCGGGCUCUGCCCAGCCCUCGCCCACCCACGGGUGCCCUCCCGCCGUGCCCGUGCCCACCCGCUCGGCCUCGGCGGGCUCCACGCCCACGCACGGUGCCCAGGACACGCUGGCAGGGCUCGGGGACGACGUGCACGAGGCCUUCACACAAGGUACGAGGAGGAACCUCCGCAACGACCUGCUGGUGGCAGCUGACUCCAUCACCAACACCAUGUGCUCGCUGGUGAAGGAGCUGCACUCAGCAGAGGAAGAAGACGAAGAAGAAACAGAGAAGCUGCAGAAUGGGAAAGACCGAGGCUAGGAGGGGCCGCAGGCUGGACAGCAGCUCAGGCUCGGAGGUUGCUCCUGCGAUCGAGGGACGACGUCUCCCCCCUCAGAAGAGGCAGCUCCAGCCCUUCCAUCACCAUCGUGCGACUGUGACCGAUCUCCUCCGCCUGCUGCCCCGGGAGCCAGCCCGGAGCUGUCCCAGGGCUCGCGGCGGGCACUGCCCCUCGGGCCAUUGCAUGUACCCUCGGUGUGCUCCCUCCCGCCUCAGCCUCUCGCGGCGGGCUUCAGAAACAACAAAAACACCUGGAAGGAC